CCCGGCAGCAGUCAGCAUCUCUCCAGCAGCGGACUCAAGGACUUGUGCGACCACCUCGACGCGCAACAGAAGGCUCUCUCUCACAAUACCGGAGUCGGACCAUACAGCGCACAGGACAACUUUCACUCACAUUAUUACGCAUGGCUCUGGCUUUGAGCAAAAGCGCGACUGUGACAACGUCUUGGAAGAAACAGAUGGAAUAAAACACAGCAACAACAAGCUGAAAAGACGAUUUAAGGAUUUUUUUUAAAAAGAGAUCUCCUUCUACCAAUAAUGAUUUCCACACAUAAAACAGCAUAUCCUCUUCUUGCCGUGUAAUCAUAUAGCUGUACGUGUAGGUCCGACGCGUUAUCUAAAAUUCUCGUUUCAAAUAGAGAUGGAUCUGUGGGGAGUUUAUCUGUUUCAUCUCAUAACUUUGGCUCUGUUAGAGGUUAUACUGGCUGGCAGAGACUGCUUAGUGGCUGGAGACUCGUGUUCAAGUGAUGAGACUUGUAGUCCACGUCUGCGGACUUUGCGUCAGUGUGUGGCGGGUAACGGCAGCGUGAAGCUGGGCCCUGGUGCCCGGAGCCAGUGUGCCAAUGCAGUGUCCGCCCUGCUGUCCAGCCCCUUACAUGGCUGCCAGUGUAAACGGGGCAUGAAGAAGGAGAAGAACUGCCUGAGUAUCUACUGGAGCCUUCAUCAAUCCAUCAUACAUGGACUCAAUCUGGUGGAGCGUUAUCCCUAUGAGACAGUGCAUAGGGAUUACGACUAUGUCCGCUUGGCCUCUAUUACAGCUGACUCAGAUGUUGGCAUGACAACUGUGAAUCGCUGCCUGGAUGCGGCCAAGGCUUGCAAUGUGGACGACUUGUGCCAGAAGCUCCGCACAGAAUAUGUCUCAGCUUGUAUCAAACCCACUGCCAAGUCGGGCCUGUGCAACCGGCCUAAAUGCAAUAAGGCUCUGCGCAGGUUCUUUGACCGUGUCCCUGCCGACUACACACACGAACUGCUCUUCUGCCCCUGUACGGACACAGCAUGUGCAGAGCGUCGAAGGCAGACUAUUGUACCCAGUUGCUCUUAUGAAAGCGGGGAAAAACCCAACUGCAUUACACAGAUGAGGAUCUGCAACGCUGAUUACGUGUGCAGGUCGCGCUUGGCACAGUUCCAGUAUGACUGUGAACCCUCUGAAACUUCUACUAAUGGCUGCAAGCAAGGGAACCAUGGAGCCUGCCUCCUCGCCUACACAGGGCUCAUAGGAAGCACAAUAACUCCUAACUAUGUCGACAACUCCACGUCCAGUGUGGCUCCAUGGUGCUCCUGCUCAGCCAGUGGGAGCCGGAGAGAAGACUGUGAUAAUUUCCUGGGAUACUUCACCAACAACAUCUGUCUCCGGAAUGCUCUUAUGACGUUUGGAAGUGAAUCAGACCAGCAGCCAACUGUCAGCCAGUCCAGUACUCCCAGUAACGGCCAAAGCAGCAGAGAAAACAGGAGCACUGCUUCUCCACCAGCAACCAUUGAAACUAUGAGGAACAUUUUGGAUACAAUAAUACCAACACAGGCCCUGGGAAAUGAACUACUAGUGGGCCAGUCCACCCUGCCAUCCAACAGCCUCCCCAUCUCUGCUUCACCUCCUAGUUUAAUGCUUCAAGCUGCCUUUAGCCUUCUGUUGUUGCUCCUUCAUCUGCUCAACAAUGGACACUAAAGACUGCAGGGGAGCAUGCUAGGGACCCUCCUAGUACCAAGCAGAUGGGAGGACCAGUGCAGUUGAGAGGAAAAUGGACCGUGUGGCGUUACUCCUCACUCUAUAUAUGUACAGUGAUUUUGUUUUUCUAAUUUUUGUCUAAGUGGUCCAGUUCCACCGCCAGUGUCUCACUCAGACUGUGGGAGACCUCUGCAGAUCGAAGCCAUAUAUUGUCGUUGCGAUCAAAUCAAGUAGAAAUUAAGUACCGCUUUUGUGGACUAACAAAGCUCUCAGCUAUCCAACUGUAUCCAUUUUCAAGACUCAUUACG